GCAGGGCCAUCUUUCAUAGUCUAGGAUUCAGAGAAGGCUUUUUAGAAAUGACUGUUUUUAGAUACAGGGUAACUGCACAGGUGGGAUGAAACAUGUCUUCUGAAUUCCAGCAGAGGCACUGGAGCAGUAGGGUGGGAUCAGAACACGAAGUGUCUGUGAAGCUAUUUUAAAGCUGACACCCAGAGGGUGGGUGCCUACUGAUUCCACCAGUAGCUGCAACUGAAAAGCAAGGUCCUGAAAUGUCAGAUAUCCUUCGAGAGCUGCUCUGUGUCUCUGAGAGAGCUGCCAACAUUGCCAGGGCAUGCAGGCAGCAGGAGGCCCUCUUCCAGUUGCUCAUAGAGGAGAAGAAAGAGGGAGAAAAGAACAAGAAGUUUGCAGUUGAUUUCAAGACCCUGGCUGAUGUACUGGUGCAGGAAGUUAUAAAACAGAAUAUGGAGAACAAGUUUCCAGGUUUGGGGAACAAAGUUUUGGGGGAAGAAUCCAAUGAGUUUACUAAUGAUUUGGGGGAAAAGGUUAUCUUGAGACUGUGUCCAACAGAGGAAGAAACAGUGGAACUUCUUUGCAAAGUCCUUAAUGGUAACAAGUUGGCCUCUGAAGCUUUAGCCAAGGUAGUUCAUCAGGAUGUUGCCUAUACUGACCCAACUCUGGAUUCCAUAGAAAUCAACAUUCCACAGGACAUUUUGGGAAUCUGGGUGGAUCCAAUAGAUUCAACAUAUCAGUAUAUAAAAGGUUCUGCUGACAUUAAAGCUAACCAAGGAAUCUUUCCCAGUGGACUCCAGUGUGUCACCAUUUUAAUUGGUGUCUAUGACCUACAGACAGGAGUGCCCCUGAUGGGUGUCAUCAACCAACCUUUUGUAUCACAAGACCCAAAAACCCUCAGGUGGAAAGGACAGUGCUACUGGGGCCUUUCUUAUAAGGGGACCAAUGUCUAUUCACUUCAGUCCCCCAACUCUAAAAGAAACACUAGUGCAGCACUGAGCCACCCGCCCCAAAACGCCAGCACUGACACAGAGUCCUCCUACCGCUUUUCAGCUGUCAUUAGCACAAGUGAAAAGGAGAGCAUCAAAGCGGCGCUGACACGCGUAUGUGGAGAUGGCAUAUUCCGGGCGGCUGGGGCUGGUUACAAGAGCCUCUGUGUUGUCCAAGGCCUUGUUGACAUUUACAUCUUUUCAGAAGAUACCACAUUCAAGUGGGACUCUUGUGCUGCCCAUGCCAUACUAAGGGCCAUGGGCGGGGGAAUGGUAGACUUAAAAGAAUGCUUGGAAAGAAAUCUGGAAGCAGGGCUUGAUUUGCCACAGUUGGUGUACCACGUGCAAAAUGAAGGUGCUACAGGUGUAGACAGGUGGGCCAACAAGGGAGGACUGAUUGCAUACAGAUCAAGGAAGCAGCUGGAGACAUUCUUGAGCCUCCUCAUCCAAAACCUUGCACCUGCGGCUCCACAUAUAUAGACAAGCCUGGCUUCAUAUACAUAUAACCUGAACUGUGAAACCUCACAUCUUUCUUUUGAAGAUAGCUUUGUCCUAUCAAUGGUCAAUAUUUACCUUCCUCUUUUGAGGAGCAUUUUUCCAUUGUGUGUUCAUAAUUUAAUUUCAAUAAAGGAAUGACAUUA